AUGAGUAUCCCAUUAAUCAAAGAAAAUAAGACCAGCUCCGUUAAAAAUAACUUAUCUAAUUCAACGGAGUCUAAAUACGGUCUAACUUCAGAGGAGGUCGCGAAUACAAUCAAGAAAAUUCUCUCAGGUGCCCAAGAUAUUAAACACCAAAAGAGCCAUCGCGGAAUAUUUCACAAUAUACCUCCC